CACACACACUCACACGUUGACCUGACCAAACAUCCUCGAUGUCUACACCUGGCCCAUGUGGUUAUAAGCUACGACACGCGUCGGUCAUGGUUGUUCGUUUCACCUCCAGGACGCUGAUUCUCCCGACCUGGGUUCUCCUGUGUUGCAUGUUGGUUUGGUGCCAAGGAAGACCUGCACACCAACUGUCAGAGAAAGAUGUGUUACUUUUGGAAGACGACGAAAAUCCAAAGUGUUUCACCACAACCAAGGAUGACUUCACCUGCUUCUGGGAGGAGACCAGCAACAAGUCCUAUGAGUUUUUCUACGAAAACGUUGAGGGUGAGAAGAGGUGUGAGACUGCGGUGAGGAACACAGAGGCAGGCAGAGUCAUCCACAUCUGUGACUUCCCCCCCCGGGACGUGUACCUCUACGUUGACACGCACAUCAGGGUGACAGACCCUCACAGCAACACCACGGUCUACACACGCAGCGUCGCCAUAGAAGACCAGGGUAAAGAGAGUUUUACUGCCUCCUCGGGCGAGGUCUUCCUCCAGCACACUGGCCAAGCAGGGCAGCUGCAGGUGACCUGGCUUCAACUUCCACCCAAAGCCAGUGUGCAGUAUGAGAUCUGUGUCUUCUUCCAAAGCGGCAGAGAGAGGACAGACCAGGUGCGGCCAGGGCCAUCCGGCCAGCACAGGCUGACCUCCCUGCCCCCUGGGGAGGUGGUCCGGGUCCAGAUGAGGGUCCGGACACAGGGCUACACCAACACUCUCAUCGGUCACUGGAGCCACUGGUCAGACGCAGUGUCUGCUAUGGUGCCCCAGACAGCAGAGGAUAUUUCUUUAUUCUGUCACACUUCUGAUCUACAAAAUGUCACCUGUCAGUGGAAGGAGAAGUCGAGCAGAGAUCCCAUCUACACACUCUUCCACAAGAUGCUCACCAGGGGCAGCUGGAGCGAGUGUCCUCGAGAGCAGAACUCUACUUCCUGUUGUCGUUUCCACGGCGACGAGUCGGCGGCCAUCCUGGUGAAACUCGCCGCCAGCACCGGUCCUCUAAACCGGACCUUCUACACCGAGACCUUCACAGUCAGCAAAAGCGUGAGCAGGUCUGUGAAGACAGCCCCUCCUGGGAGCGUGAGAGGGGAGUCAGAGGGGGACAGGCUGUACCUGAGAUGGGACACGCCCCAGCUGUUCCUGUCAGCUCACCUGAUGUACCAGGUCCGCUACCAAACCAGAGAAGAGGGCUCCUGGAAGUUGGUCACCUUACCGGAUUCUGACACCGGCACCAGUCUAGACGUCCAGACGGGCUGUCAGUAUCGCGUCCAGGUGCGAGCCAAGCCAAACGGUUCCGUCUACGAUGGAUACUGGAGCGACUGGUCUCAGUGUCUCUCCGUGGUUGUGGCUUCUCGUCUCGCGGUUUUGCUUCUCCCGAGCAUCUCUCUCGCUAUGCUCGUCCUCUCCCUUUUGUUCUUCUCUGUGUUCUCGCGGUAUCUCAGUAAACUCAAACAGUACCUGUGGCCUCCAGUCCCAAACCUUGAUAAAGUCCUGCUUGGCUUUCUGACAGAGAUCAACCGACAGACUUGGGAUCCUUCUUACAACGUGAAACAGUCCUUCGAUGAGACUCCUGCUUCAGUGGUGGAGAUCCUGUCAGAGAGAGAAUCUCCAGACGUGAAGCCACCAGGGGAGUCCUCCUGUCUCCUGCCCCCAGAGAGGGGCUCCGGCAGCGGGGAGCAGACAGGGAUAACCCGGCAGGUCAGUGUGGACUACGUGAUCCUGAACACAGUCGAUGCCAUCAACGGUUCCCCGGGCAACGAGUACAUGUAUGAUGGGGUGGGGUGUGUGAGGGCAGGGGUGGGGGUAGAGGACCACCAGUGGAGGUACCACUGCUCCUGCCCUGCCCAGUUAUCCAGCCUCCCCCCUCCCUCCUCCUCCUCCUCCGCCACCACAGAGAUCCUAAACCACUCCUACCUGCACAUGGCAGAGUUCCAGGGGACCCUGGCCUACCAGCUCAGCAAGGAGGCUGGAAACAUAUAUGCCAACCUGGAAAGGGAGGUCGCUAACUAACUCUGUUACUGAACAUACUUGUCAAACCCCAGCAUUAGAAUUACACUGUAGCUGCAAAUAUAUGGACUUUAAUACUGUAUUUAGAUGAUUUUCCAGGUCUGUGUGACUAUGGGUGAUCACGUGCCUUCCUCUUAGGGUCAUGAUGCAUCAUUCUCCAUAGAUCUCAAUGUAAAUAUGAUUUUGUGGUAACCGACAAUCAGUCUACAUGAGCUAGACAGAUCUUUCUGGAAUAUAUACUGUACCCGUGUAUUGAUAUUCUCUUUUAUUAACAAAUAUAAUAUUUAGCCUGUAAAUAAUUUGUGUAUUGUCAUUUAGGACUGUGGUCUUUACCUUAGUUCUCAGGGCCCACUGUUCGGUAUGUUUUAGAUGUUUCCCUGCUCAAACACACCUGAUUUUAAUAAAUGGAUGAUUGUCAAGCUGAUAUUCAUCUGAAUCAGGUGUGUUGGAGCAGGGAAUCAUUGCACACAGGACAGUGGGCCCUUUGGACCAGGCUUGAAGACCACUGAGGCUUUGACAAAUGUAGCAUAUUGUUUUGUAAUGUUUAAUAUCUUUAUUACAGUCAUAUUCAGAUACAAAAAUUAUGCAUGUCAACAAUUAAUAAAACUCACAACAACAACAAAAAAUAAUUAUAACUCUCCCACCAAUUUAAGGAAUUAAAACUAGUUAUAAAUAUCAUUUUAAUGAAUUUCAACCAUCCAACAAACAAUGAUUUGCAAAGAUUAAACACAUCUGAAUACAUGAAACAUGAUCUGUUGAAUUACUACAUUGAUGGAAGAUUUGAAAAGUUAUGAGUGCUCAGGUUUCCUGUUCAAACUGUACAAAUUAAAAUGUCUUAAACGGGAGAUUAUUUAAAACCAUAAUAAAGAGCUUCU